GCAGCUGCUGCCAUUUUUCAUGCCGCUGCUCAGUUUCUAAUUAUACCCUUUCAUUUAUGAUCUCUUGAAAUCUAUAAGCAGAACCCCAUCCCGGUUGGAGACUUGGAGCAGAGUGCGAGUGAUUUGGAGAGAGAUGUGGUUGUUUAACAGGAAAGGUCCAUCUGGGUUCUCAGCAUCUUCCACGGCUGAGGAGGUCACUCAAGGGAUUGAUGGAACUGGACUCACUGCCAUUGUUACAGGAGCAUCUAGUGGCAUUGGUGCUGAAACUGCACGCGUUCUUGCAAUGCGUGGUGUCCAUGUAAUCAUGGGGGUCCGGAAUAUGUCUGCUGGUAGCGAUGUAAAAGAAGCAAUUGUUAAGGAAAUCCCCUCUGCCAAAGUUGAUGUCAUGGAGUUGGACCUGAGUUCAUUUGAAUCAGUAAGGAAAUUUGCAUCAGAAUACAAUUCCUUGGGUCUUCCAUUGAACCUCUUGAUUAAUAAUGCAGGAUUUUUUGGCACUCCUUUCAAGCUUUCCAGAGACAACAUAGAACUACAUUUUGCAACAAAUCACCUCGGUCAUUUUCUUUUGACAAAUCUCUUGUUGGACAAAAUGAAGAAAACAACAUGUGAAAGUAAAAGAGAAGGGCGAAUCAUAAAUGUGUCGUCAGAGGCUCACCAUCUUUUCCAAUAUUCUGAGGGAAUUCGUUUUGAUAGGAUCAAUGAUCAAUCAGGGUACAGCAGAUUUACUGCAUAUGGCCAAUCAAAGCUAGCUAAUGUUUUGCAUGCUAAUGAACUUGCAAGACGUCUUAAGUUUGGCAUAGCAAGUGCAGUAGAGAUUUUAAUUUUUCUUAUCAUUCAGUUUCCAUUGGCAUUAUCUCCCCUGGUGCCUGAAAAUGUGAACUUUUCAGAAACCUAGCAAGUUUUCCAGCAUGCAUGAUGGGUUUAAAUAUUUCAUUUAAAAGGAAUUUUUGAAGUAGAUUAUUUGGAGAUUGGCUUGGAUAUCAUAUGUUACUAGACUAUAAUUGUGUUAUCCUGUUGAAGAUGGAGUAGAUAUAACUGCAAAUUCACUUCAUCCAGGAUUAGUUGUCACCAAUAUUGCCCGUUAUUAUUUGGGCAUCUUUAAUGGCCUUUUUCACAAGAUUGGUAAAUUUGUAUUGAAGAAUGUCCAGCAGGGAGCUGCUACAACAUGCUAUGUGGCAUUGCAUCCAAAAGUAGAGGGAGUUACGUGUGGAUAUUUUACAGACAGUAAUAUUGGGCAAGCAAGUGAGAAGGGAAGGGAUGCCGAUUUGGCCAAGAAACUCUGGGAUUUCAGCAUGGAUAUGAUCCAAUGAUGUUGCCAGUAUGCAUUGGUACUUAGUGUCUGUAAAUAUAUAUAGUCAUACAAAUCUUGCAUGUACUACAAGAUUAUACAUUUUAUUGAAUUAAAAUGUGAGUGUUAU